AUGGAUCAAACUCCUACCCAAUGCAGCACCAAUGCUGCGGAUAAAGCAAAAACCAACGACAUGAUCACACCAGCCGUUUCGUAUGGCAUCGGAGAUUGUAAUGUUGAUACUGAUCUCGGCGCCGUCGAAAAGCAAAAGACCGUCGAUGGAAUCGCCCACUUUCACCGUCUCGGCUGGAAACGCCUAACAGUUGUCCUGAUUGUCGAGGCUAUCGCUCUUGGAAGUCUCGGAUUACCAGCUGCUUUCGCAACGCUCGGUAUGAUUCCAUCCGUCAUCAUCAACAUUGCCACUGGCCUCUUUGCGAUCCACGCCAGCCUCACCCUCGGCCAGGUUAAGCUCAAGUAUCUUGAGGUUGCACACUAUGCCGAUGUAGGCCGGCUCGUUCUGGGCAAAUUCGGCCACCAACUUUUCAGUUUCAUGUUCGUAGCACUGUUCAUACUCCUCAUCGGAUCUCAUUGCCUCACUGGAACAAUUGCUCUAGAGAUUAUUGCUGAGAGCAACAUAUGUUCUCUUUUAUUUGGCAUAGUGUCCGCCAUAAUCCUGCUGAUACUUGCUAUACCACCAUCAUUCGCCGAGGUCGCCAUUCUCGGCUAUAUCGAUUUCAUCUCCAUUAUCCUAGCCAUUGGGAUUACUAUAAUCGCGACUGGCAUUCAGCAGUCCCCGGACAGUCUAGCUGUCUCGUCAUGGUCUCCAUGGCCAAAGGAGAACCUCACCUUUUCUGAAGCCUUUAUCGCCGUUAACAACAUUGUCUUCGCAUAUGCAUUUGCCACCGCACAGCCGUCUUUUAUGGAUGAGAUGCAUACACCAGAAGACUAUUCCAAGUCUAUAUGGUCACUAGGCAUCAUCCAGAUCAUCAUUUACACGUUGACAGGGGCAACCAUUUAUGCCUUUGUGGGCCAGGAUGUCAAGUCACCCGCCCUCUUAUCCGCCGGGCCGCUAAUCUCGAAAGUCGCAUUCGGCAUAGCCCUGCCCGUGAUCUUCAUCUCUGGGUCUAUCAACACUACAGUUGUUUGCCGUUACCUUCAUGGGCUGAUCUAUAGAAAUUCGGUUGUACGUUAUAUCAACACCAGGAAGGGCUGGAUUACAUGGCUAGCCCUGAUUUUUGUAGUUACUCUUAUUGCCUGGGUUAUUGCGGAAGCCAUUCCUUUCUUUUCCGAACUUCUAUCUAUCAGCUCAUCAUUGUUUUCGUCUGGCUUUUGUUUCUAUAUCCCCCCGAUACUAUGGUUUGCGCUCCUAAAGGAUGGCAAAUGGUAUUCGAAGAAAAAUUUUUGGACAGCAAUUCUCAAUGGGAUUGUUUUUGUUUUUGGUAUUGUGGUUCUCAUAUGCGGCGCAUACGCAAGCAUUAAUGGGUUGUAUUAA